GACCCUGAGUGUCGACUUUGAACCGAUCGACGCACUCAUCCUCCCGUCUCUUAAAAGAUGAACACUUCCAAGCAGUAGUAGUCUACCAUCCUGCCGCGUUUUACAGACUCCUGCUCCGACUUGCGAACGCAACGCAGCCCAAACACUGGGCGGCGCAUAUACGACCCGCAGCAUGCGCCCACUACCAUCCUCGCUAUGGCUCCUCAUCGCAGCACAGAUCGAAGCCCGCGUGCAAGCGCAAGCUGAGUCGCACUCCCCGUUGCAACAGCAUCGCCUAGUACCCACAGCGAUCCGCAAGAUGCCGCCCGACCAAGGCGCCAAGUUCCACCACGAAUACUGUGCCUUCCCGGAGCACGAGCAGCACGCCGCCUUCGCUCCGGCAUCAUCAUCCCACAAACCCGCCGCAGCAAUAGCGGCGCGCAGCGCCCUCGACUCAGAAGACGCCCUCCGUCUAGCGGGGAACGCAUCCGCAGAGCUACCCCUGCGCCCGCCGUUCGCAGUGCUCUCGGGUCUGGAGGAGUUCGAGUUCGAGGACGAGGACGAGGACCGGAGGAUAGCACCCCCGCCACCCCCUGCAGCAUGGGACUGCCUGUUCCGCCGCGCAGCGUCAGCCCUCGCAUUUCUCGAGAAGCGCCAGUGGUCCUGCCCCAGCGGGACAAGCAGCUGCGCGUCGAUCGGGUACCCCAACAGCUGCUGCGGGCAGGGCGAGACGUGUGUGGAGGUGCCCGACACGGGACUGGGGCCGGUGGGCUGCUGUCUGGAGGGGGCUGCUUGCGGGGGCGGCAUCUCGGGGUGUCCCGGUGGCAGCACGACCUGCGGGAGCGAGGUCGGAGGCGGGUGCUGCAUCCCGGGGUUUGUCUGCGCCGGCGUGGGGUGCGUCCGCUCCUCCUCCUCCUCCCCCUCUUCACCUUCCCGAACCCAACAACCCUCCCUAACAACCCUCACAACAACCUCAACAAGCAUCAUCCCCCUCCCAACCCCAUCCACAGUCCUGGUGACAGUAACAGUCACCCUCACCCCGUCCUCCGCCUCCAUCACGUCCGCCAUAACCUCCACCAUCACCCAAACCGUCUCCCCAUCCCCAUCCUCAGGCUCCGGCCCUGGAGCCCCUUUCCGCCCAACCUCGUCCUCCUCCUCAGCAACCCAAACAAACACAAACACCUUCUGCCCAACAGGCUUCUAUCCCUGCCUGGCGACCGCGGGGGCCGGGUGCUGCCAGACGGGGCGGGACUGUGCCGUGUCGUCGUGCCCCUUGCCGGGGGGCAUGACGGCAGUGCAGAGCAACGGGGUGACUGUUCUUGUGCCGGCUGGUUCUACAGGGACUGGGAUUGGGAGUGGUAAUGAUGGGAGUGGGAGUGGGAGUUGUGCGAGUGGGUGGUUUUUGUGUGAUAGUAGCCAUGAGGAGGAGGGGGGGGAGGGGUGCUGUCCGAGCGGGUAUUCCUGUGGCACGGCGAGCUGUUUCGCUACUGCUACUACUACGCAGUCCGGUGUGACGGGGCCGGCGGCGAGUGUGGCAAAGGCGUUGCCUGGGGCGAAUGCGGGUGCUAAUGGGAGGUUAAUAAAAGGAGGAGGGUGCGGGGGGUGGUGGUGGUUAGCGGGGAUGGCUGUGGGAUGGGUAGGUUGGGGCGGCAUGAGAAUAUGAGUGAGGACGGAAGGGAGCAUGACAUGAGCAUGACAUGAGCAUGAAGCGGGGUGUUUUAUGAUUCUAGUGGCAUGCAUUUUGUUGUUUAAGUUGGGAGGAGGGUUGCUGUUGUAUUGCAUAUCUAU